AUGAAGUUCCUCUUCACCGCCACCAUCGCCACGCUGGCGGGCUUCGUUGCCGCCACGCCCACUCCGGUAUUCAAGCGUGCCACUCCUGAGGACAGCUGUGACAUUGGCUAUGCUUCCACCAACGGAGGUACAACGGGCGGCGCGGGUGGCACGACCACAACCGUUUCCAGCCUCGACGAGCUCACCGCUGCUGCCGAGGGUGAUGAGAAGAAGAUCAUCAUGGUUUCCGGCAGCAUCAGCGGCAGUGGCACCGUGAGGGUUGGUGCGAACACGAGCAUUCUCGGACAGUCUGGCGCCUCCAUCACCGGUGCCAGCAUUUUCAUCAAGGGUGUCAGCAACGUCAUCGUCCGUAACCUGAAGCUCAGCAAGGUCGAGGGCGGUGAUUGCAUUGGUGUCCAGGAGGCCACCAACGUCUGGCUCGAUCACCUCGAUAUCAGUGGUGACCUUGAGGUGGACAAGGACUUCUACGACGGCCUGCUGGACAUCACCCACGCAGGUGACUACAUCACGGUCUCGAACAGCCACUUCCAUGACCACUGGAAGGCUUCGCUUGUCGGCCACUCCGACAGCAACGCCGACGAGGACACGGGCACGCUUCGUGUCACGUAUGCCAACAACAAAUGGAUCAACAUCAACAGCCGCACGCCCUCAAUCCGUUUCGGCACCGCUCACAUUUACAACAACUACUACGAAACCAUCUCCACCUCGGGUGUCAACACCCGCAUGGGCGCCGUCGUCUUGGUUGAGUCCAGCACCUUUGUCGACGCCAAGCGGGCCAUCACCUCCAUCGACUCCGACAUCGAAGGCACGGCCGCCGUCAACGACGUCGACCUCGGUGGCUCGACCAACGACGCCCCCGUUGGUUCCCUCGAGGUCCCGUAUGAGUACACCCUCGUCGGCUCUGCCAGCGCCAAGAGCAGCACCGAGAGCAGCGGUGCCACUCUUACGUUCUAA